AUGCUCCGCACCACCGCUGCGAGAGCAGCUCGCGCUGCUUCGAGGUCCGCUAUCGCUCGAAGUAUCCCUGCACCACGCUCGCCAGCCCUUCCACGCCUCCCUCGCCUUACACGGUCCUUCUCGGCAACCCCACACCACUUCGCUUCGUCCUCGACAGAACAGCAGCAGGGAGGGCCGCGGCUGGCUGGACAGGGCGAGAAAGGGCUGACGGUGGCUCUUGGGAACGGCGCGGAGACUACCUUUUCCUACAUCUGGCUGCGCGACCACUGCCGGGAGGAGCGCUCCUUCCAUCCGCAGACCAAGCAGCGCCUGGUCGACACGUUUAAGAUCCCUGCCGACUAUCGUCCGUCAGCCGCACGGACAACCAAUGAGGGUCUCUACAUCACCUGGCCUGAAACCGCUUUCGAAUCCUCAUACGAGUCCUUCUUCCCCUGGUCAUUCCUCGCUGAGCAUGCGUACAACCCGCCUCUUUUGCGGACGAAGGAUCUGCCAUCUCCGCUCGAGCAAAAGGUCCUCUGGUCGAAAGAGAUUGCGAAGGAUGUCCCUACAGUGACGUAUGAGGAGGUGAUGGAGUCGGAGAAGGGCGUGUACGAAUGGCUGAAGCAGAUAGACGUCUACGGCUUCUCCUUCGUCUCCGGCAUUCCUGGCACACCAGAAGCUACCGAAGCUCUGAUCCGCCGGAUCGCCUUCAUUCGCGAGACGCACUACGGCGGCUUCUGGGACUUUACUGCCAAUCUCGAGCACGGCGACUUGGCGUACUCGGAUGUACGGCUAGAAGGCCACACUGAUACAACCUACUUCACCGAUCCCUGCGGUCUUCAGCUCUUCCACCUCCUCUCGCCCGACCACACCCACUCGGGCGGGCACAACCUCCUCAUCGACGGUUUCCGCGCCGCCUCAAUCCUCCGCACCCAGCACCCCUCGUUCUACGACCUCCUCUCAACGCUACCCAUUCCCUCGCACGCAUCCGGCUCCGGCUCCGCUUCCCUCCCUUCGGGCGUCCACAUGCGACCACUACGCCGCUUCCCCGUCUUCAACCACGACGAGAACGGCGAGCUCGUGAUUGUGCGAUGGAACGGUGACGAUCGAGGAGUCGUAGGCGGCGAGGCUUUCGAAGGAAAGACGAUGGACGAGUGGUAUGAGGCGUUGCGCACGUGGGAGGGGAUCUUGCGGAGCGACGAGGCCCAACUAUGGACCAAGUUCGAAGUUGGCACGGCAGUCAUCUUCGACAACCUCCGCGUUCUGCACGGCCGCUCGAGCUACACCGGUACUCGCCGUCUCUGCGGCGCCUACGUGAACGGCGACGACUACCGCUCGCGCCUGCGCGGCCUGCAGAAGCAGUUUGGCGAGGAUCCCAGGCGCAAGGCGCUGCAGGAGCUGCUGAAGAGUCGAUACGGCGUGUCGUUUGUGGAUAAGGAGAAGGGAGGAGCAUGGGAGGACUAUUAG